AUGAUGGUGUGACUUCAUCUGAAUUAUUAUUAUUAUUAUUAUUAUUAUUAUUAUUAUUAUUAUUGUUAUUAUUUUUAAAAAAAUUUUUGGGGGGGGUAGAUCAGCUUAAUAUUGCAGAUAGAUUGUAACUUCCAUCAAUGUAAUUGUCUGCAUCACUUCCAAUCCCCCAUGUUUUUUAUAUAUAUACUCCCCUUUAUUACUUUUCAACCCCGCCAUCCUUUCCCUAUCAAAUCAAAUCAAAUCAAAUUGUAUUGGUCACAUGCGCCGACUACAACAGGUGCAGACAUUACAGUGAAAUGCUUACUUACAGCCCUUAACCAACAGUGCAUUUAUUUUAAACAAAAAGUAAAAAUAAAACAACAACAACAAAAAAAGUGUUGAGAAAAAAAAGAGCAGAAGUAAAAUAAAGUGACAGUAGGGAGGCUAUAUAUACAGGGGGGUACCGUUGCAGAGUCAAUGUGCGGGGGCACCGGCUAGUUGAGGUAGUUGAAGUAAUAUGUACAUGUGGGUAGAGUUAAAGUGACUAUGCAUAAAUACUUAACAGAGUAGCAGCAGCGUAAAAAGGAUGGGGUGGGGGGGCAGUGCAAAUAGUCCGGGUAGCCAUGAUUAGCUGUUCAGGAGACUUAUGGCUUGGGGGUAGAAGCUGUUCCCUACUUGGGGUAAACUAGUGAACAACAAUGCUUAGGCCUCUACUUCCAGCUUAUACUUACUAUCUACAUUUUAUGGACACAGUCAAUUUUACAAUAAUUAUAUUUUGUUUGUUUUUUCUCCUGAACUUCUUCUACUCUCAACCCCUCCGAUCAUUUUCACGAUGUCCAUCCGGCCUGCCUCUACACGCCAUAUCUUUCUAACUGUGCUCUUUCCCAAAAGCUCCCAACAUACAACCUCUAUACUUAUUAUGGACACAGUAUGCAAGUAUCAUCUGAAUAAUUAACAUCAAAGUACAUCAGCUGCCAACAGAAUCUUUUUGAACUCUGCUGUUUCACAGUAGCUGAGGAGAAGAUCCAGCUUUUGUCACUGUCAGAGUAGUGAUACCUCCGACUUGAUGUCACUGUCAGAGUAGUGGCACCUCCGACUUGAUGGGGGCCGACUUUCAGUAGUGGCACCUCCGACUUGAUGUCACUGUCAGAGUAGUGGCACCUCCGACUUGAUGUCACUGUCAGAGUAGUGGCACCUCCGACUUGAUGUCACCGUCAGAGUAGUGGCACCUCCGACUUGAUGUCACCGUCAGAGUAGUGGCACCUCCGACUAGAUGUGUGUGACAGAUGAACCUUGAUUACAUUGGGAUACGAUAUCAUAUGCCCUUUUUUUUUUUAUGCGUGGGAAUACUUGGGAAAUGUUGAGCUAAUUUCCUGGUGAUUUUAGAGUCUUUUAAUGUCUAAGAACUCAAAUAAAAUAUAUUAUUUUGUAAAUAAAACAUCUGUUUGGGGAAUCCUGGCCUACAUAUUUCUGGGAUCAAAUAUGAAAUAAAAGAAUAUAUCUGAUUCUGUUCCACAUUCACUCCAGUGAUACUAUUCAUCACUGUAUAGAGAGUGGGGCGGCAGGUAGCUUAGUGGGUAAGAGCGUUGUGCCAGUAACCGAAAGGUCGCUGGUUCUAAUCCCCGAGCCGACUAGGUGAAAAAUCUGUCGAUGUGCGCUUGAGCAAGGCACUUAACCCUAAUUGCUUCUGUAAGUCGCUCUGGAUAAGAGCGUCUGCUAAAUGACGUAAAUGUAAAAUGAGAGUUUAUGUCGCGAUCGUUUAUGGAAGAUACAGACCAAGGCGCAGCGUGAUAAGCGUACAUUUUAUUAAGUACUUAACUCACGACAAAACAACAAACAAACGAUACGUGAAGUCCUAGGUUACCAAAACAAACCUUAACAGAACAAGAUCCCACAAACUAACUGGUGCCAACAGGCUGCCUAAGUAUGGGUCCCCAAUCAGAGACAACGAGCUACAGCUGCCUCUGAUUGGGAACCACCCUGGCCAACAUAGAUCCAACACGAUCUAGAAACUAACAUCGAAAAUAUAACAUAGAAACUCCACACCCUGGCUCAACAUUUAAGAGUCCCCAGAGCCAGGGCGUGACAGUAUAUAUCUCCCAUCUUGUCACAUUUUAAAGUGGCUGAUCCCUUCCCUACUGUGCCUGGGCAGACCCUCAGGAUUAUACAGCAGUAUCUAAUCCUCUCAUUGGUCUGGGAGGAGAUAUCACAGUCUCACCCUGAGUUCCUCUCAACCUCUCCAACGUCUCCUAGCAUUCACAGUGGAAGUUCUGAAGUGGUGUGUGUGUGUGUGUGUGUGUGGUGUGUGUGUGUGUGUGUGUGUGUGUGUGUGUGUGUGCGUGUGUGUGUGUGCGUGUGUGUGCGUGCGUGCGUGUGUGUGUGUGGAAACAGUCAGGUGUCUGUCAUCCUGUAGAUGUGAGUACCCUCUUCCAGCUAGGUGCUGACUCUAAGCACUAACCCUUAACUGGCCCUGUGCCAUGAUAUAAUGAUGAAAAUGCCAAGUGGAGGCAGUGGAGUGUUUGGUGGGAUUCUUAUAGGAAAUUCAAGCCUGAAUUAAGCCAGUGAGGCAAUUAUCACUGUCUGGAAACCAAGUAUGAACCCUCUCCUCUCCUCUCCUCUCCUCUCCUCUCCAUCUCCUCUCCUCUCCUCUCCUCUCCUCUCCUCUCCUCUCCUCUCCUCUCCUCUCCCUCCUCAGAAAGUCCAUAUUUUACUCCGCUGGUCACAAUGCUUUAGAGGUAACAAGAUGGUUGAUUGAUCACAACCUGCCAAUGCUUGAUCCUACCCGCGUUCAGCUGAACCUACCCGCAUUCAGCUGAUCCUACCUCCCCCAUGUUCAGUUUAAACCCUACCCGUGUUCAGCUGAUCCUGACCCCCCCCCCCCAUGUUCAGCUGAUCCAUACCCCCCCCAUGGUUCCAUCUGGAACCUACCCCGUGUUUCAGCUGACUCCUACCCCCCCCCCCCAUGUUUAGCCUGAUCCUACCUAAACCUACCCCCCCCAUGGUUCAGCCUGAUCCUACCCCCCCCCCAUGUUCAGCUGAAACCUACCGUGUUCAGCUGAUCCUACCCCCCCCCCAUGUUCAGCUGAUCCUACCCCCCCCCCCAUGUUCAGCUGAACCUACCCGUGUUCAGCUGAUCCUACCCCCCCCCCCAUGUUUCAGCUGAACCUACCCGUGUUCAGCUGAUCCCUACCCCCCCCCCAUGUUCAGCUGAACCUACCCGUGUUCAGCUGAGCCUACCCGUGUUCAGCCUCACCUACCCGUGUUCAGCUGAUCCUACCCCCCCAUGUUCAGUUAAACCUACCCGCGUUCAGCUGUCCCUACCCGUGUUCAGCUGUACCUACCCGUGUUCAGCUGAUCCUACCCCCCCCCAUGUUCAGCUGAUCCUACCCCCCCCCAUGUUCAGCUGAACCUACCGUGUUCAGCUGAUCCUACCCCCCCCCCCCCCAUGUUCAGCUGAACCUACCCGUGUUCAGCUGAUCCUACCCCCCCCCAUGUUCAGCUAAACCUACCCGUGUUCAGCUGUGCCUACCCGUGUUCAGCUGUACCUACCCGUGUUCAGCGGUGCCUACCCGUGUUCAGCUGUACCUACCCGUGUUCAGCUGAUCCUACCCCCCCAUGUUCAGUUAAACCUACCCGUGUUCCGCUGAUCCUACCCGUGUUCAGCUGAUCCUACCCGUGUUCAGCUGAACCUACCCGUGUUCCGCUUGAUAUCACUGACUGCUGUGGCUGUCCAGUAAGAGCACCUUGAGUAACAGAACACAAUCUGAUUGGCUUUAGCUCAGCCAAUGAGUGAGUCCUGUCUAGUCUCUGGGGUAAGUUAGACGGCUGCUGCGUCAUUUUCAAAGUUAAAAAGCUGUGGAGUUCACAUGGAACAGUAGUGUGGCUCACAAGGGUUUUCGAAAAUAGACGUUCGACUUGGUAUUGUGUCUCGUCCAACUGAUGCUCCUUUAUCCUGAAGCAUCUUAACCCUGCUGUGCAGCAGGAGAGAACAGAAUCUCAGAACAGAAUGUUAGAAUGUUUCACGAUGUCAAGUGACAGUUCCAUAUCCAUAUCCACUGAUACAGACUAAAAGCAGCAUGUGUCUGUCCGCCUGUCACUCUGUAAUAACUUCAGAUACAAUGACCUCUGUCAAAUCGCUGCACUCAAAUCAAAUCGAAUCACAUUUUAUUUGUCACAUGCCACCGAUGACAACAGGUGUAGACCUCAACAGUGAAAUAAUUACUUACAAGCCAUUAACCAACAAUGCAGUUUUUAAGAAAAAUAAGUGUUAAGUAAAAAACUAGAUCACUCAAAAAUAGUUAGUCGAGGUAAUUGAGGUAGUAUGUACAUGUAGGUAGAGUUAUUAAAGUGACUAUGCAUAGAUAAUAAACAGAGAGUAGCAGCAGCAUAAAAUAGGGGGUGGGAGGGAACAAUGGAAAUAGUCUGGGUGGCCAUUUGAUUAGAGGUUCAGUAGUCUUAUGGCUUGGGGGUAGAAGCUGUUAAGAAGCCUUUUGGACCUAGACUAGACGCUCCGGUACCACUUGCCGUGCGGUAGCAGAGAGAACAGUCUAUGACUAGGGUGGCUGGAUUCUUUGACAAUUUUUAGGGCCUUCCUCUGACACCACCUGGUAUAGAGGUCCUGGAUGGCAGGAAGCUUGGCCUCAGUGUACUGGGCCGUACGCACUACCCUCUGUAGUGCCUUGCGGUCGGAGGCCAAGCAGUUGCCACACCAGGCGGUGAUGCAACCAGUCAGGAUGCUCUUGACGUUGCAGCUGUAGAACAUUUUGAGGAUCUGAGGACACAUGCCAAAUCAUUUCAGUCUCCUGAGGGGGAAUAGGCUUUGUCAUUUCCUCUUCACGACUGUCUUGGUGUGUCUGGACCAUGAUAGUUUGUUGGUCAUGUGGACACCAAGGAACUUGAAGCUCUCAACCUGCUCCACUACAGCCCUUUUGGUGAGAAUGGGGGCGUGCUCGGUCCUCUUCUUUUUCCUGUAGUCCACAAUCAUCUCCUUUGUCUUGAUCACGUUGAGGGAGACGUUUGUUAUCCUGGCACCCACACGACCAGGUCUCUGACCUCCUCCCUAUAGGCUGUUUCAUCAUUGUCGGUGAUCAGGCCUACCACUGUUGUGUUGUCGGCAAACUUAAUGAUGGUGUAGUGUAUUAGGAUUAUGUCUUUGUUAAUGGUUUUUAAGUGGAACUGAAAGAAUGUUUAUCUUAGUUCAAAAGUAGCCAUUUGUAGGGUGACGCCCCAGGGGAGACAGGUGAUUGGACGGCAGAGGGAGCAACCCAUAUUUUUACAUUGUUUAUAAGUAUGGGCUAGACGAAGAAGAAAGCAGAGCGACCAUUGCAAUCGGGGGCGUCGCUCUCCGGAUGUCAUGACAUCUGUAAAACUUAUGCUGAAAGCUUGUGAUAUGAAUAAACUUAUGAUCAAGGUUCAGUAUGAGCGGACUCCUUUGUUUGACAGCAAUAAUUGCCAGCAUUUACUCGAUACGACAAAUGGCGCCCAACGUGGGGCUGGUCUGCAAAUCUUCUUUGUUUCAUUCGUUGCCGCCAAGCUAACUCGUUCUGAAGUCACGGCCAGAAAAGGGUGAGUGUUUCUCACAGCUUUGGAAGUUUGUUAGUUUGGAUGCUAUGUGAUUGUGCACUGGAGAAAUGUACCAUUAGGACCCGACAAUGUGCCUCGUGUGGCGUUAUUGCUGUCGACUAGGGGUCUGUAAUAAUUAUUCUAAAAUUUGGUUUAAUUGGGUAAACGGCAAAUAAUAGGAAGUCUAGAGCAAUCGAUGGUAGGGAUUAAGGCAGAUAUUGGCAGAUGUACAAGGCAGAGAUACGUAUCAUUAGGGCACUGACCAUUAAAACCCCCGGGGGGGCCAUCCGGGGGAACGUUUUCAGCUGUAACUACCCGUGUUCAGCUGAUCCUACCCCCCAUGUUCAGUUAAACCAUAACCCGUGUUCAGCUGUACCUACCCGUGUUCGCUGAUCCUACCCGUGUUCAAGCUGAGCCUACCCGUGAUCAGCUGAUCCUACCCGUGUGCAUAGCUGAACCUACCUACCCGUUUCCGCUGAUCCUACCCGUGUUUCAGCUGAACCUACCCGUGUUCUCCGCUGAUCCUUACACCCGUGUUUCACUGAUCCUACCCAUGUUUCAGCGGAGCUACCCGUGUCAGCUUGAUAUCACUGCCUGCUGUGGCUGUCCGUAAGACAAACCUUGAGUAACAAGAACACAAUCUGAUUGGCUUUAGCUCAGCCAAUGAGUGAGUCCUGCCUAGUCUCUGGGGUAAGAUAGACGGCUGCUGCGUCAUUUUCAAAGUUAAAAAGCUGUGGAGUUCAAAUGGAACAGUAGUGUGGCUCACAAGGGUUUUCGAAAAUAGAUGUUCGACUUGGUAUUGUGUCUCGUCCAACUGAUGCUCUUAUCCUGAAGCAUCUUAACCCUGCUGUGCCAGCAGGAGAGAAACAGAAUCUCAGAACAGAAUGUUAGAAUGUUUCACGAUGUCAUGUGACAGUUCCAUAUCCAUAUCCACUGAUACAGACUAAAAGCAGCAUGUGUCUGUCCGCCUGUCACUCUGUAAUAACUUCAGAUACAAUGACCUCUGUCAAAUCGCUGCACUCAAAUCAAAUCGAAUCACAUUUUAUUUGUCACAUGCCACCGAUGACAACAGGUGUAGACCUCAACAGUGAAAUAAUUACUUACAAGCCAUUAACCAACAAUGCAGUUUUUAAGAAAAAUAAGUGUUAAGUAAAAAACUAGAUCACUAAAAAAUAGUUAGUCGAGGUAAUUGAGGUAGUAUGUACAUGUAGGUAGAGUUAAAGUGACUAUGCAUAGAUAAUAAACAGAGAGUAGCAGCAGCAUAAAAUAGGGGGUGGGAGGGAACAAUGGAAAUAGUCUGGGUAGCCAUUUGAUUAGCGGUUCAGUAGUCUUAUGGCUUGGGAGUAGAAGCUGUUAAGAAGCCUUUUGGACCUAGACUUGGCGCUCCGGUACCACUUGCCGUGCGGUAGCAGAGAGAACAGUCUAUGACUUGGGUGGCUGUAUUCUUUGACAAUUUUUAGGGCCUUCCUCUGACACCACCUGGUAUAGAGGUCCUGCAUGGCAGGAAGCUUGGCCUCAGUGUACUGGGCCGUACGCACUACCCUCUGUAGUGCCUUGCGGUCGGAGGCCGAGCAGUUGCCACACCAGGCGGUGAUGCAACCAGUCAGGAUGCUCUUGAUGGUGCAGCUGUAGAACAUUUUGAGGAUCUGAGGACAUAUGCCAAAUCUUUUCAGUCUCCUGAGGGGGAAUAGGCUUUGUCAUUUCCUCUUCACGACUGUCUUGGUGUGUUUGGACCAUGAUAGUUCGUUGGUGAUGUGGACACCAAGGAACUUGAAGCUCUCAACCUGCUCCACUACAGCCCUGUCGAUGAGAAUGGGGGCGUGCUCGGUCCUCUUCUUUUUCCUGUAGUCCACAAUCAUCUCCUUUGUCUUGAUCACGUUGAGGGAGACGUUGUUAUCCUGGCACCACACGACCAGGUCUCUGACCUCCUCCCUAUAGGCUGUUUCAUCAUUGUCGGUGAUCCGGCCUACCACUGUUGUGUUGUCGGCAAACUUAAUGAUGGUUUUGGAGUCGUGCCUGGCCAUGCACUCAUGGGUGACCAGGGAGUACAGGAAGGGACUGAGCACGCACCCCUGAGGGGCCCCCGUGUUGAGGAUCAGCGUGGCAGAUGUGUUGUUACAUACCCUUACCACCUGGGGGCGGCCCGUCAGAAAGUCCAGGAUCCAGUUGCAGAGGGAGGUGUUUAGUCCCAGGGUCCUUAGCUUAGUGAUGAACUUGAGGGCACUAUGGUGUUGAACGCUGAGCUGUAGUCUAAUUUUAAAUUUAAUUUAAUAUGCCAUUUAGCAGACGCUUUUAUCCAAAGCGACUUACAGUCAUGCGUGCAUAAUUUUUUUUUGUGUAUGGUCAAUGAAUAGCAUUCUCACGUAGGUGUUCCUUUUGUCCAGGUGGGAAAGGGCAGUGUGGAGUGCAAUAGAGAUUGCAUUAUCUGUGGAUCUGUUGGGGCGGUAUGCAAAUUGGAGUGGGUCUAGGGUUUCUGGGAUAAUGGUGUUGAUGUGAGCAAUGACCAGCUUUUCAAAGCACUUCAUGGCUACAGACGUGAGUGCUACGGGUCGGUAGUAAUUUAGGCAGGUUACCUAAGUGUUCUUGGGCACAGGGACUAUGGUGGUCUGCUUGAAACAUGUUGGUAUUACAGACUCAGACAGGGAGAGUUUGAAAAUGUAAAUGAAGACACUUGCCAGUUGGUCAACGCAUGCUCGGAGUACACGUCCUGGUAAUCCGUCCGGCCCUGCGGCCUUGUGAAUGUUGACCUGUUUAAAGGUCUUACUCACAUCGGCUACGGACACCGUGAUCACACAGUCAUACGGAACAGCUGAUGCUCUCAUGCAUGCUUCAGUGUUGCUUGCUUCGAAGCUAGCACAUAAGUAAUUUAGCUCCUCUGGUAGGCUUGUGUCACUGGGCAGCUCAUGGGUGUGCUUCCCUUUGUAGUCUGUAAUAAUUUUCAAGCCCUGCCACAUCCGACGAGCGUCGGAGCUGGUGUAGUACGAUGCAACCUUAGUCCUGUAUUGAUGCUUUGCCUGUUUGAUGGUUCGUCGGAGGGCAUUGCGGGAUUUCUUAUAAACGUCAGGGUUCCUUGAAAGCGGCAGCACUACCCUUUAGCUCAGUGCAGAUGUUGCCUGUAAUCCAUGGCUUCUGGUUGGGGUAUGUACGUACAGUCACUGUGGAGACAACAUCAUCGAUGCACUUAUUGAUGAAGCCAGUGACUGAUGUGAUGUACUCUUCAAUGCCAUCGGAAGAAUCCCAGAACAUAUUCCAGUCUGUGCUAGCAAAACAGUCCUGAAGCUUAGCGUCUGCUUCAUCUGAACACUUUUUUAUUGACCGAGUCACUGGUGCUUCCUGCUUUAGUUUUUGCUUGUAAGCAGGAGUAAGGAGGAUAGAGCUAUGCUCAGAUUUUCCAUAUGGAGGGCGAGGUAGAGCUUUGUACGCGCCUCUGUGUGUGGAGUAAAGGUGGUCUAGAGUUUUUUCCCCCUCUGGUUGCACAUUUAACAUGCUGGUAGAAAUGAGGUAAAAUUGAUUUAAGUUUCCCUGCAUUAAAGUCCCCGGCCUCUGGAUGAGCGUUUUCCUGUUUGCUUUUUGCCUUAUACAGCUCAUUGAGUGCGGUCUUAGUGCCAGCAUCGGUUUGUGGUGGUAAAUAGACAGCUAUGAAAAAUAUAGAUGAAAACUCUCUUGGUAAAUAGCGUGGUCUACAGCUUAUCAUGAGAUACUCUACCUCAGCUGAGCAAAACCUUGAGACUUCCUUAAUAUUAGAUUUUGUGCACCAGCUGUUGUUUACAAAUAUACACAGACCACCACCCCUUGUCUUACCGGAGUCAGCUGUUCUAUCCUGCCGAUGCAGCGUAUAUCCUGGCAGCUGUAUGUUAUCCAUGUCGUCGAUCAGCCACGACUCGAUGAAACAUAAGAUAUUAGAAUUUGUAAUGUCCCGUUGGUAGAUUCAGUUAGUUUUUAUGUUUGGGAUUCAGUUAGUUUUCAUGUUUGGGAUUCAGUUAGUUUUUAUGUUUGGGAUUCAGUUCGUUUUUAUGUUUGGGAUUCAGUUAGUUUUUAUGUUUGGGAUUCAGUUCGUUUUUAUGUUUGGGAUUCAGUUAGUUUUCAUGUUUGGGAUUCAGUUAGUUUUCAUGUUUGGGAUUAAGUUAGUUUUUAUGUUUGGGAUUCAGUUAGUUUUCAUGUUUGGGAUUCAGUUAGUUUUCAUGUUUGGGAUUCAGUUAGUUUUUAUGUUUGGGAUUCAGUUAGUUUUCAUGUUUGGGAUUCAGUUAGUUUUCAUGUUUGGGAUUCAGUUAGUGUUUAUGUUUGCUUGUUGCACCCUCUAGUGUAUUUCUUCAUCAUCAGAAUCCUUCCAUUUGUGAGCUGAUGCCUCAACACGAGCAGUACAACUUUCUUUCCACAGGGGGGAAGUAAAAACCUAAGUAGCUCAGAGAACUAGUGGAAAAGUCACGUACACAUGUCCAGUGACCUAUAUUCCAUACUGAUGGGAUUUAAGACAGAAAAAAAUAAACUUCCACACUAUUCCACUCCUACAUGUUGUACUGGACAUGCCUCCAGAGCUACGUCCCACAUGGCAAAUGGGUUGUAGUGCACUAUAGAGGGCAUAGGGGUUGAUUUGGGACACAUCCCAGAUCUGAUUAGAAGACAGGUUCUGUAUUGGGACUGGGGUGUUACUAUAACGACAUGGCGGAAGAACGUUGGUUAGCGACAUCAUCAUAAGAUUUGAAUGUAGUUUCCAUUUAUAAUUUUACCUUUUCACAUUUAAUUCGAACAUCAAAUGUAGUUGAUCAACAGGCUGGUUGAGAUGUAGCUCUCUGCCCCACAGAGUCUGAUUGUAGUUGAUCAACAGGCUGGUUUCAGAUCUAGCUCUCUGCCACAGAGUCUGAUUGGGAAGAGGUGAGACAAGAGUCCUUCUAAAGACCUUGGGUUGCAUUCCAGAUGUCACCAAAUGGCACCAAUAGGGCUCAAAUGUAGUUCCCUAAACUACGGAAUAGGGUGCCUGAGUCAACUCAGUAGCACAGACAGACAGGGUAGUCUAUCUGUGAUGUUAUGAGGUGAGAGAGACUACCACACAGACAGACAGGGUAGUCUAUCUGUGAUGUUAUGAGGUGAGAGAGACUACCACACAGACAGACAGGGUAGUCUAUCUGUGAUGUUAUGAGGUGAGUCAGGGUAGUCUAUCUGUGAUGUAAGUUAUGAUCCUGUCACCUCAGUAGUGGGGUAAUUUAGUCCUGUCACCUCAGUAGUGAGGGUAAUGUUAUGGUCCUGUCACCUCAGUAUGAGGGGUUUAAUGUAUGGUCCGUCACCUCAGUAUGAGGGGUAAUAGUUAUGGUCCUGGCACCUCAGUAUGAGGUGGUAAUGUUAUGGUCCUGUUCACCUCAGGUGAGGGGUAAUGUUAUGGUCCUGGCACCUCAUAUGUGGGGGAAGUUAUGGUCCUGUUUACCCCCCAGGUUUUGGGGGGGUAAAAAUUUUUGGUCCUGUCAAUCAGUAUUGGGGGGGAAAGUUAGGUCUGUCACCCAGUAAGAAGGGUUUAAAGUUAUGGGGCCCGUCACCCCCCAAGUUAUUGGGGGGGUAAUGGUUUUGGUUUUUGUCACCCCAGUAUUUGGGGGGGAAGUUAUGGUCCCGACCCCAGAUGAGGGGUAAGUUAUGGUCCUGUCACCCCCGUAUGAGGGGUAAGUUUUUGGUCCGGGCAACCCCAGUAGAGGGGUAAAAGUUAUGGUCCGUAACCCCAGUAUGUGGGGGGUAAUGUUAUGGUCCUGUCCCCCUCAGUAUGUGGGGGGUAAAGUUAUGGUUGUAAAAGAAAUAGGGGGGGUUUUGGGGAACAGGCAGGGAAAAGGGGCCCCCGGGAGAAGGGGAAGGGUGGGAGGGAGAGGGGAAUAGAGGGAAAAAGGGGAGGGAGGGGGGGGAGGGGUAGAGAGAGAGAGAAGAGAGAGAGAAAAGGAAAAAGGGGUGGGGGGAGAGAAGGGGGGUUUUUUCCCCGGGGGGGCCAAAUUUUUUAAUUAAACCUUCUCCCAAUUUAAAUUAUAAACUUCUAUUUUCUUUCUCAUCUUUUGUAAAUUUCCCCCUUUGUCUCUCUUUAAAUCUCUCCCCAAUGUCUAUAAUGACUGCUUUUGCCCAAGGCUGGGGGACCAGGGGGGUGGGGUUUUUUCAGGACAGGGGCAGGGAUUUCAAAAAACCUUUCUACACAUAACUGGGGAAAGGGGGCAAUGGAAAAAGGUUCGGGCGAGGGGCCAAGAGGAGAGGGGGAGAAAAGAGAGAGAAGGAAAUUUGAGAGAAAAAAGGAAAAGAGAGGAUGAAAAGAUUUUUAAAAAUUGAUUUAUAUCUUCUUGCCAUUAAAUCUUUUUUUUUCUUAUAUUCCUUUAAAACUUAAAAUAGAUAUUUUUCCCGUUAUAUCUAUUUUAUUCUAUUCUAUAGCUUCUAUCUAGAUAUAUAUACUCGGUCUAGAUACUCUGGCGAUAGCGCUUUAGUCUCUCUUCUCUCUAUAUCUCUCUUGAUAUUAUCUUAUCUCUCGAUUCUCUCUCUCUCAUAUCUUAUAAUAUAUAUAUUGUGUCUCUAUCUCUGUCUUUCCUCUCACUUUCUCAUCGCUCUGUCUUCUCUCUCACUGUCUCACUGUCCUCUUGUCUCUCUCUCAGUCUCUCUCUAUAUAUUCUCUAAUCUCUCUCUUUGUCUCCCUCUCUCUUCUCUCUCUCUUGUCUCUCUCUCUGUUCUUUCUCUCACUUGUCUUCUCUCUUUUCUCUCCUAUCUGUCUCUCUCUGUCUCUCUCUCUCUGUCUCUCUCACCCUCUCUCUCUCUAUCUGUCCUCUCUCUUUCGCCUCUCUCUGUCUCUCUCUCUCUCUCUGCCUCUCUCUCUGUCUCUCUCUCUCUCUGUCUCUCUCGCUGUUCUUUCUCUCUGUGUCUCUCUCACUCUGUCUCUCUUCUCGUGUUAUUGUCCUCUUCUCAUAAUAAUAAUAUUGUGAUGCAGCAGCUGAGAGAGCAGAAAGAGGAGGGCCAGUCGUUUACCAAUCAUAAGGGUUUCCCCACCUCCUUCCUUCCUUCCCUCCCUCCCUCCCUCCCUCCCUCUGUCUCUAAGCACGCAAAAAAAAAGAAGUGAUAAGCAGCUUUGAAACGCAUUCCCGCUGAAUCAGACACAGACAGCACAGCAUUGGCUAGCUCUCUCUCCCCCACAGCACAGAAGCCAGCGAGUGUCUCAAAACCAAACCAAACAAAGCCUUAUUAACGUGAUGAGAGGGAUACUCAGGGAGGCUCAGGGAGACUCAGGGAGACACGACUGACAGCCUACUCUCAGGGAAGAGGAGGAAGCUGGGGGACUUGACUUCCCAAUACUCCGAUCAAGUGCACCCGGAGGGAGGCAAUCCUUCCCUCUGCAUACGCUGAGGAACACACCCUACACACUACACCCUACACCCUACACACUCCUGCUGUGGAGCUCUGUACUCGUCUCUCCAGUCCCUCAAGGUGUGCUGCUGACCUGACUGCCUGGUCUGCUGUCAUCAUGUCAGACGGAGAGGAGUGUCGCUCUCCCAUCGGUCUGGACUGCUGCUCCUGCUGCCUGGACCUGGCCAACUGCGACGACCCAGCUGGAGGUGGGGGCCAGGGCAGAGGCCCCAGCACCCCACUGAUGGGCAGCCCCACGUCGCUCAGCCACUUCCGCCGGUUCCGGGAGCAGCUGACGUUCCAGAACCAGAACGUGAACACGGACAAGCUGAACAGCAUGAUGAGGCUGGACUCUCUGGAGUCGGUGGUCAGGGACCCCUGCUACCUGCUCAACGAGGGCAUCUGCAACAGCAACAUCGACCGGACCAUGCUGUCCAUCCUGCUGUUCUUCCACAGGUACUGUACUUCACCCCUGUCUCCCGUCCUCCUCCGGAUUUCCACCUCACGUUGUCAUGUCAUUCUGAGGUUGCGUCUCCACCUCGAUUUCAUCCUGUUAAAUUGCUGA